AUGGCAGACAUAAACGUUGUCGGUGUCGUGGCGAUUGUUUUGUUUUAUCUGCUCAUUCUCGCCAUUGGUUUGUGGGCCGCUCGCCGGCGAAAGGACAACGAGGAAGAGACGAUGUUGGCAGGACGAAGUAUUGGGAUGGUUGUGGGUACCUUCACUUUAACAGCGACAUGGGUUGGCGGAGGAUACAUCAAUGGUACAGCGGAGGCACUCUUUGAUAAAGACCAAGGUCUCGUCUGGGCCCAGGCUCCCUGGGGUUAUGCACUUAGCCUGGGGUUGGGUGGGCUUCUUUUUGCCAAGAUCAUGCGCCAAAGAGAAUACAUUACCAUGAUUGACCCUUUCCAAGAAAGGUACGGUCCGCGUAUGGGUGGAUUGCUAUAUAUCCCCGCACUGUUGGGCGAGGUAUUUUGGUCUGGUGCCAUCUUGUCAGCUCUUGGUGCCACUGUCAGUGUCGUUAUCGGCUUGGAUCGCUUCACUUCUGUCGUUGUUUCUGCGUGUAUUGCUAUUUUCUACACGUUGAUGGGUGGAUUGUACUCUGUGGCUUACACUGACGUUAUACAACUCAUCUGCAUCUUUGUUGGAUUGUGGCUUAGUGUUCCAUUCGCCAUGACUCAUAAAGCAGUGAGCAGCAUUGCAGAAGAUUCCGGCAAAUGGGUUGGUGAGAUACCUACUGCAAUGAUUGGAGUGUGGCUGGACUAUGCUAUGUUGCUGAUUUGCGGUGGCCUUCCAUGGCAAGUCUACUUUCAGCGUGUGUUGUCGUGCAAGACACCCGUAAAGGCUCGUAUAUUGUCUCUAAACGCUUCUCUGGGAUGUAUGAUCAUGGCUGUUCCUGCAGUACUCAUUGGAGCCAUCGGUGCUUCAACAGACUGGACCCAGACUUCGUUCUACAAACCACCUGAGGGGAACAUUACCAACCAAACAGCCUCAGUAUAUGUCGAUAAAACUCUGAUCCUUCCCAUGGUGCUUCAGUACCUCACACCAACAGCUGUGUCAUUCAUUGGUCUGGGUGCUGUGUCUGCUGCCGUCAUGUCGUCCACUGAUUCCAGUAUGCUCUCAGCCAGCUCCAUGUUUGCCCAUAACAUUUACAAACUCAUCUUUAGACAGAAGGCCUCCGAGAAAGAAGUUGUGUGGGUGAUGCGUUUUGCCAUAUUUGGAGUUGGCGCGGCCGCUACAGCCAUGUCUCUGGCUGUUGAUUCCAUCUACGUGUUAUUCCAUCUGUGCAGUGAUCUCGUGUUUGUGAUACUGUUCCCACAGUUGUGUUGUGUUAUCUAUUUCAAAGCCUCCAAUACUUACGGCUCCAUUGCAGGCUAUAUAUUUGGGCUUUUUCUGCGUGUGGGUGGAGGGGAAGAUAAAAUUGGUUUUCCCGCCUUCAUUAAAUACCCAUUUUAUGACGAGGUAAAGGGCCAGCUGUUUCCGUUCCGUACUCUGUCCAUGAUUGUUUCGUUUUCUACGAUCGUGUCGGUGUCGUUCUUAGCAAAGUAUUUGUUUGAACGGGAGAUUAUACCAUUGAAGUAUGAUUUCCUGCACGCCUUCAUGAAACAUGAGAUCCAGGAUGAGAAAGAAAAAUACAUGGAGGAAUCAAAAAUGUGA